AUGAAACAAAAAACAAGUUCAACAAGUGAACAAGAACGGGAACAAACAAAUUCCGAAGAUAAUGGUAAGCAAAUGGUUGAACAAGCGUACGAUGAUGAAGAAUCGGAUGAAGAAGAACAGAUACCAAUGGCAGAAGAAAUUGAAGAGCUAGUUCAAAAUAAAGACGGUGCUGUAUUUAAUGUGAAUUUUCAACGAUUUCCAGAAAUUCAAUGUAACUGUGAUAUAUUCAGACAAUCAAGAUCGAAAUGUGGUUGCCUUCAUAUUUUGGCUGUUAAAAGAUAUUUGAACAUGACCGAAGGACAGUGUCAAGCAGCAACAAACAUGAAAAAUGUUCGAAAAGCCUUGAGAGCCAGAGUAGGAGUCAAAAAAACCGGUACUAAACGACCAACAGUGUUGGAUAAAGAACCGGCUCAUCAAAGAAAACAAAUAAACAAUACAAAAACCGUUGCUGGAAGACCAUCGAAAUUACCACAAGUAUUAUGGCAGAAAUAUCCAGGCAGCGGCUUAAAAUGGCUUCCAAAUAGUGGCGUAACCAGGGGUGGGCUAGACCGGGCGCCGCCCGGCCACCGACAGUCUUUGCCCGGGCAUCGGGAGAAACAAAAAAUAAUUAUUUCCACUAAGAGUUUUGUCGAAUAAUGUUGAAAUAACUCUUAUUUGUUUAUUUACUUCAUUUUCUUUUACUCUUUUGUUCACAUAAUUUCACUUAAUAAAAGUGCAGAUACAGUGUAUUGUCUUUCUCUUAAGAAAGUGAGAAUUGAGCAACUGUAUUCCAGUUGUGGAAAAAGCUUAAACUAUCGUGGAUGGAUUUUUUUAAAGGUCGUGGGGCACUGCCCUACCACCCACGGAUUCCUGGUUACGCCACUACUUCCAAAAUCGUUAGUUUCCACUAAAACUGUUGAAACUUUCAUAAAUGGCUUGGUUUUGUAGUCUAAUUUCGUUGAUGAAAACAAAAAGAUUUCUCAAGCUGCCCGUAGAUGCUGAGGUCUCCAGAGACCUUAAAAACCGCAGUUAAAAAACACUGAAGUUAUAUAAUUUCGAUUAGUUUGGUCGACUGGCACGUGUGUGCCAAUCAAAAUCAUGUCAUUUAUGGAAGUUUCAACAGUUUUAGUGGAAAACUAACGAUUUUAGAAGCCAUUUUUAAGCGGCUGCUUGGAUAUUUCUGUCAUAAUUAAGAAAUAGUUACCACAAAGUUAACUAACUGAUAGUUACCGUUAUUUCAACGAACGGUAACUGGAAACGCAGUUAUCGUUAAAACAACGGUAACUGAAAAGACAGUUACCGUUGUUUUAACGAUAACUGAAAAGACAGUUAGCGUUAAAACAACGGUAAUUGGAAAGGCAGUUACUGUUAAAACAACGGUAACUGUCUUGUGUUGUCAGUUAGCGUUAAAUAAACGCAACGGCAACUUUUACAGUCCUAGUCAUACCCCUAGUUAUGAUAUGCUUCAAAUGGUUAUACAACUUUCCGUAUUUUAAAAUAACUUUUUCUUUUAGAGUGUGCGGAGAGAAAAUACUUUAGAAAUUAUUAUCAGUAACAAAAACAUUGAUUGUUCUUAGUUAUAACACCACGUUCAACCUCGUGAAUAGUUAUUUACGUUCACUGCUUUAUAAACAUGACGUAAGUUAUUUUCUCAUUUUCUUCUUUGAGUAGGGAACAACAGGUCGUUACGCUGAGUCCAUGUACACCAGAGAAAGAACAAAAUUAACUUCGGAAACAUCACUGACUUAUGUCACAUAAUCGAGCACACUAUGUUAACAUGAACCGCAGAAAACAUGUCUGGGUGCGUUUUCUUCGCUUAAACCGUGGUUCAAGUCGACUUAAACUGCAGGAACUUUCCGAUAAUGGUUUAUUCCUUCUAAUAAAACUUUAUGCAUUCUGAAUAACGAAUGAUAGCUUCAUUCUGUAAAACUUUUUCAAAAAUGAUCAUCUUACUCGUAUGAGCCAAGUCGACAUUGUCUAUGGUGCCGUGUCAACUUAGCUUGUGGGGUAGCUUUUUUACUAAAUGAUUACAAAAUAAGUACGAGGCUACUCAGGCAGUAAGGGGAUGCCUCCUAUAUCUUAUAUAUCUCGAUCAGGAUAUAGAAAAAAAGUAGUAUCCCGAUCGGGAUAUAAAACACGAAAUUUCGUCGUAAAAACGAUUAAGGGGAAAAUGACGACAUUUUGGGGUAAAAUUGACUUCACCAUUAGAAAGAGCU